AUGGGCGAGCAGAUUCCAGUUCACAAGAAGUUCAACACUGAGCUUACGGAUUACUCCGUCGAGCAUCAUGGCGAUCAAGGUGUCUAUGCCGAUAAUCUCGAAGUAGACGCUCUCGUCGUCGGUGCUGGCUUUGCUGGUAUUUUCAUGCUCAAGACCCUGCGAGACCGCGGCUACAAGACUGUUGUUUACGAAGCUGGCAACGAUACUGGAGGCACUUGGCGAUGGAAUUGCUACCCCGGUGCUGGUGUCGACUCCGAAGUGCCUGAAUACGAAUUCAGCUGGCCUGAGGUUUACGAUACCUGGACUUGGCCUUGCAACUAUCCUACUUACGCUGAUCUUCGCGCUUACUUUGAUCAUGUCGACAAGGUCCUUGACAUCAAGAAGGAUAUUGCGUUCAACACCGUUGUUGUAGGCGGCAAGUUCGAUACCGAGAGCGGUCGCUGGCAUAUUCGCACUGCAGACGGUCGCGUCGCCAAGGCCAAGUAUCUCGUCCUUGGAACCGGCUUCGCUGCCCGUCGAUGCAUUCCUGACUGGCCUGGCAUGGACAAGUUCAAGGGCAUAAUCCACCACUCCUCCUUCUGGCCCGACGAAAAGGUCGACGUCACCAACAAGCGCUGCGCUAUCAUCGGCACGGGCGCCUCAGGCGUGCAGAUCACGCAGGCCUGGGGUCCCGAGGCCGGUCAUCUCAAGGUCUUCCAGCGAACCCCCAACCUCGCCGUCCCCAUGCGCCGCAAGUAUCCCUCCGCCGAAGAGCAGAACCAGGCCAAGAAGUUCUACCCCGAGCUGUUCCGCUACCGCGAGGAGAACUUUGCAGGCUUCCACUAUGACUGGUACGAGAAGAACACCUUUGACGAUACGCCUGAGGACCGCGAGGCUCUGUAUGAGCAGGUCUGGAAAGAUGGCGGUUUUAGGUACUGGGUUGCUGUGUACAAGGACAACCUGUUCAAUGCGGAAGCGAACAAGGAGUCGUACAAAUUCUGGGCCAAGAAGACACGCAACAGGAUUGGUGACCCUAAGAAGCGGGAUCUUCUUGCGCCGACGGUAGAGAACAUGCCGCAUUACUUUGGCAUCAAGCGACCGUGCUUAGAGUACGAUUACUACGAGCAGUUCAACAGGGAGAAUGUGGAUGUUGUUGAUAUCAAGAACAAUGCGAUCAAGGAGUUUACCGAGACGGGUAUUACGCUGGAGGACGGGACGCACCAUGAAUUCGAUGUCAUUGCUGUUGCGACAGGAUUUGAUGUUGUCACUGGUGUGAUGACGCAGCUUGGUCUUCAGAGCAUUGAGGGCGCUGAACUCGAGAAGGAAUGGAAGACUGGCGCGACGACCUAUCUCGGCGUCACUACCCCCGGUUAUCCCAACAUGUUCCAUAUCUACGGUCCCCACGGCCCAACCCUUCUUAGCAACGGCCCUACAUCCGUCGCCGUCCAAGGCCGCUGGAUCGUCGACGCCAUCGACAAGAUCAAGCUCAACGACAUCAAGUACAUCAACCCCUCCAAGAAGGCCGGCGAGGAAUGGAAGAAGCACAUCGUCGAACUUAACAACAGGACUCUCUUCCCUACUACUCGCUCCACAUACAUGGGCGGCUCUAUCCCUGGUAAGAUUUACGAGCCUGUUUGUUACUCUGGUGGCAUUCCUGCAUACAAGAUUGAGAUUCGCGAGGCGCUUGAUACUAUGAAGGGUUUUGAGGUUGUUAAGAAUAAAUAG